AUGUUUGCUUGGGCUGGUCCUGGCUGCCAGAUCCACUUGUCGGGGCAGGGGACAGGGAUUAAGUUACUUCACCUCGUCUGUUCCAAGAGGACCAAGAAGAGGCAGAACAACGGGCGCGCUAAGAAGGGCCCUGGGCACGUCCAGGCCAUCCGCUGUGCCCGCUGCAUGCCCAAGGACAAGGCCAUCAAGAAGUUCGUCGUCCGGGACAUCUCCAAAGCCAGCAUCUUCAAUUCGUACGUGCUGCCCAAGCUGUAUGUGAAGCUGCAUUACUGCGUCAGCUGCACCAUCCACAGCAAGGUGGUGAGGAACCAUUCCUGGGAGGCCCGUACCCCUCCGCCCAGGUUCAGGCCAGCGGGUGCUGCCCCGAGACCUCCCCCAAGCCCAUGUAAGGAGAUGGUGCUGGAAAUGUGCACCUUGAGCCAUUGCCUCAAUAAAUGACUUUACAUCUGGAAAAAAAAAA